CUGCGUCAUCAUUGUUGGCUGCAGUACUAGCGGAAGAGAGAUGCUUCAUGGGCGCUUUGGGUUGCUCGCUCUUCUCCCCCGCCACUUCCUCUCUCCCGCCAAAACCACCCCUCUCCAAACGGGCCCAGGACGGCGCCGCCCUCGUCCGAUGCCGCGCCGCGCUGCCGGGGGACGCCGCUCUCCGCGCCUUCCGCCGGCACCACGUCUCCGGGCGCGGCCUCAACGCCAACCCCGCGCUGACGCCCGCGCUCGCGGCCUGCGCGCGGCUGCCCUCGGCGGCGGCCGAGGCGGAGCAGAUCCACGCCCUCCUCGUCAAGUCCGGCGCCCCGCAGUCCGCCUCCGGCGUCUACGCCUCCACCUCCCUAGCACGUGUCUACGCUCGGCUUGGCCGCCUGGGCGACGCGCGGAAGGUGUUCGACGGAAUGCCAGUAAAGACGGUGGUGUCAUGGAACGUGCUUCUUGAUGGGUUUGUGCGAGCCAGCGACCUGGAUGCUGCAUGGGAGGUGUUUGUGGAAAUGCCGGAGCGGAACGUGGUUUCAUGGAACACUGUCAUUGCUGGUUUCGCGAGGCAUGGGUGUGCUCAGGAGGCAGUGGAUCUGUUUGCCGAGAUGACAAUGGUCUAUGGCUUGGAACCUGACGAGGCCACGAUGGUUGGCUUUGUGUCAGCUGUUCGUGAUAUUGGUCUGCUUGGGAUUGGGAGGAGCGCACACGGGUACGUGAUCCGUCGGGGGCUUUCACUGGAUGGUGCUCUUGGUGUAGCUUUGAUCAACAUGUACACAAGGUGUGGGAGCAUGGCCGACGCCUUCCGGUGCUUCUCGAGUGUCGCCGGCAAGAAUGUGGAGCACUGGACCUCUGUGAUUGGUGGCUUCGCAGCACAUGGUCACCCAGAGAUGGCGCUAAGAUUGUUCACUGAAAUGAGGCAAUUGGGCAUUGAGCCUAAUGGUGUCAGCUUCUUGGCCGUCCUGAAUGCCUGUAGCCAUGGGGGUUUAGUCGACGAAGGCUUCAAGUACUUCAACCUAAUGAGGGCCAUGGGCAUCAGGCCAACGAUACGUCACUAUGGCUGCUUGGUAGAUCUUCUCGGCCGUGCAGGGUUCUUGGAAGAAGCCUUCAAACUCGCCAGCAGUCUACCGGAAGAUCCGGGUCUUGUGAUCUGGAGCUCACUACUAGCUGCUUGCCAGAGCCAUGGCAAUGUCGAGAUGGCAGAGGUUGCUGCUCGGAAGUUGGCAAGCGCGGAGCCAAGCCAUGGCAGCUCCUAUGUCUUGUUGUCCAACACAUAUGCACGAGCUGGACAAUGGGAAGACUUGAGGAGAACGAGGAGGGAUAUGGAGGAGCAUGGGGUAAUGAAGAAGCCUGGUCUUAGCUGGAUCGAGUUAGAUGGCCAUGUACAUUCCUUUGUCACUGCGGACAAGUUACACACAGCAAGCGAAGAUAUCUAUCAGAUGUUGGACGAUUUGAAAGUAAAUUUGAUAUCAGCUGGAAGUGAACCUGAAACACUUGCCCUUCUUGAAAAUUAAUUCACGGAAU